AUGCACAUUUCCAUUAACCUGGUGGUUCCUACUUUAUGUGACAAUUCUCGAGAUCGGUUGGUUUGGAAAGACUUGGAAGGGAAUAAUCGUCCAUUUUCUUCUUGGGAGGUUUGGAAUAAUAUUCGGCAUCAUGCAAGUAAAGUACAAUGGGGGAAUAUGGUUUGGUUUAAACAAUGCAUUCCUAAGCAUGCGUUCCAUAUAUGGCUAGUUAUUCAAAACAAAUUGAAGACACAGGAUCGGCUAUCUGUUUGGGAAGCGGGAAGUGAUACAAAUUUGAAUCUAAUGUGCUGCCGGUUAUGCUAUUACAACAGGGAUUCGAGAGACCAUCUCUUCUUUGAAUACUCUUUUGCUACGCAGGUUUGGAACAAUGUUAGGAGUCUCACCAAUAUGGAAGAUAUUAAUGGAGGCUGGACCGAUAUUAUGGCUUGGAUGAACCACAACUCGUCCUUACAGAAGCCCGACAUUGUUGUUAGUCGGUUGGUAGUUGCGGCUGCAACCUACUUUAUAUGGCAAGAGUGCAACAGCAGGUUGUUUUCUCGGAACCAUCGGACGGCUAUGGUAGUGUCUCAGGAGAUUAUUAAUACUGUUCGAUUGCGGCUUAUUUCCCUCAAGUUAAAACAGAGAUUUGAUAAUGGUAGCUUGGUGGAAAAAUGGAAGAUUCCUGGAAACAAUUUAGAGAUUGAUCCCGGCUAG